AUGCAGGCGUUUGUGCCCAAGAACAGAAGGCCCAGAUUUGAGCUUGUGCUUCGAAUCAUUGACAUAAAUAAUGUUCCACUACGAAAUAGCGCAGUUUGGAUUCGAUGGCGUCUGCCAUCGUCCAGCGCCACAGAGCACCAGGGACACACUGAAAAGGCAUCUCUUCUCGACCACCGCGCCUCGUGGAAUUAUGAGAAAACUCUCAAUGUCCGGCUCACUAUUGACAGGAAUCUCAUGCUCCAGGAAUGUGACAUCAACUUUGAGAUCAUACAGGAGUUCCAUGGAUCUCCUGUCAACGAGAAGCAUAUUCUCGGCAAAAUCAAGCUCAACCUUGCUGAAUAUGUCGACAAGGUCGACGAAGACGAAGGGGUGAUAAGACGAUACUUGAUGUCGGAUUGCAAGAUUAAUAGCACAGUCAAGAUUGGAAUUGCCAUGCGCCAGGUCGAGGGAGAUCGCAAUUUCACAACUCCACCCUUGAAGUCUGCCACGGUGUUUGGAGGCAUCGCGAGAGUGGUACACAUGUCAGAGCCUGGGGACUCCGAGGAGCUGGUUCAUGUUCCUGCCAUCGCCACCAGAAGUAGAGAAGCGGCCGACAUGCAGGAUAUGUACCGACGCACUCUUGCAGCUUCGUGGAAUUCUCGCGCCUGGGAUUUACCGGCAGAUAAGCUUGUUGAGGAGUUGUUUGCUGGAAACUCCUGCUGGAAUAACACUUCUCACGAUCAUCCAAACGAUGGCUUUUCAGACAGCUUGAGUGAGAGUCUGACCGUGGAGGCUGCACGUCAGCAAUCCCGAUCUGGGAAUCGGCUUUCGCCAAGCUACGAGAAGCAGCCCAAAAGUGCCUCAAGUGGCAGCAAUAGCACCGCUCGACUCGCAUCCACGUCCAAUUCUGGGCACAGCCAUCCCCAGAAAGGCGGUAGUCUUGAGCAGCAGCUCCAUGAAAAUGCAAAAGGACGUGGCUGGAAGUCACGGCAAGCUGAGCAUGAGCUGUCUGAGUUCGACGUUAGGGAAGAUCUGAGAAGCUGGGAAAUUCGCGCCGAACGGCAGGAAUAA